AACCAUUUGGUCGAUAAUUUCAGGGCCUGAUUGACUCCCUAGUUUCCUCCAUCACCAAGGAACAAGCAAUCCUCCCUCCAUCCCGAAAAUGGAGAGGGAACAACAAACUUCUGAUAACAUUCAGCUUCCUGCUGGGUUCAGAUUUCACCCAUCUGAUGAAGAACUCAUCGUCCACUAUUUGAAAAACAAAGUCACUUCAAGGCCACUACCUGCAACCAUCAUCGCUGAAUUGGAUCUCUACAAGUAUAAUCCGUGGGAACUGCCAGUCAAAGCCUCCUUUGGAGAAGAAGAGUGGUAUUUUUUCACCCCGAGAGAUCGGAAGUACCCGAAUGGGAGCAGGCCUAACAGAGCAGCUGGUUUGGGUUACUGGAAGGCUACAGGAACUGAUAAACAUAUUUUCAGUUCUUGUGGAACAAAAAGCAUUGGGGUGAAGAAAGCACUUGUGUUCUACACAGGACACCCUCCAAAGGGUGUUAAGACAGAGUGGAUCAUGAAUGAGUAUAGAUUGCUUGACACAACCAUGUGGUCUUCAAAGCAAAAAGGGUCUAUGAGGUUGGAUGAUUGGGUGCUAUGUCGGGUUCGACAAAAAUGCAACAGCAGCAGGAGCAUUUGGGAAGAUCAAAACAGUCCUCCUAGCUAUAAACUAGGUGCCUACACCAAGCAAGUGGAUGAGACAUGUUCAAAGGACACAAACCCUAGCAUCGAAAUGGUCAGAAACUAUCUGUACAAAGAUUGUCCAAUGUUGCCCUACAUUUUUGCCUCCUCUGAACUUCCAUACACUAAAACCACUUCAAGCAUAAGCUUUCAGGGCAGUGGAGACACAAAAUCUUGCACUACUUCAAUUCACGAGAACGAUUCAUCGAAUAAGAACAACGGGCAGCUUUUAGCUUCUUCCCUUGAAAGUUUGAUCAAUCCUUUCAAGAGAAAGCCUGCAGCAGAAGGAAAUGGACACCACCUGAGUCUUGUUACACCAAGCAAGAGGAUAUGUAGCAGAGAAUAUCAGGAGGAAGUUAGCACAUCAAUCGGCCGGGAUGUUUGCGCAAUGAAUUUCUGGGGAGUAGACCAGUCUGGAUCAGCUGAAAAUAAUUUCAAUGCAGAUCAAUGGAGCUCCAUGAUCCAAUAUCAAGAACUCAGUCAAUUAAUUGGCUUUCAAUGCAAGUGAGUAGCUGGCUAGAGCAGUGAAGAAAAGUGUGGAUUAAUUCCAUUAUUAUGUAGAUAAGGGGAUUCAAGUUCACGAACAGAGGUCUCCAUGAUUGUAUUUUUAUGUAAAUUAGUGUGCAGUUCCGAAUUUUCUUCUUUUGGUAUACAUUGAGUGUAAUUUUUAUAAUAUGUAGAAUAAGCAUGUAAAUUAGUUUGGUGUUUGCUGGAUGUAAUUAGCUGCAGCAUUUCAAGAUUGUAUGUAUAUUCGCAUACAUUCGUUGUAAUAAAUCACUUGUAGACAUUGGGAUGAGAAUAUAGAAAAUUGCUUUACAUUU